CAGCACAGAGGGAGGAGAGAAAGACACCUCUAUAAAUUCAUCUCUCUUUUUCCCAUGUCUCCCUAUUUCACAACCGUCCUGGGGAGGGAAGAGCAAAGCUAACUGGUGGCCAUGAUUCAGCCAGCACUUCUACUCCUGCUACUGGCAGCCAUGUCCUCACCAGUGUUUGGGACUGAGAUAUCAGUACUAGAGGGAACCGCUGUUACCCUUGUCUGCUCAUACCUUUGGGGUAUAAAGCUUGAGACAUGCUGGGGCAGAACUUGUGGAAUAUUUCAGUGUACUGAUCCCAUAAAGGAAGAUCAAUCCAAAUAUGAAGUUAAUGCUGGAGAUCGAACAGUGAAUCUCACCAUUUUAAACCUAAAGCCUGCAGACAGUGUGAGCUACUGCUGCAGAGUUAAUGUCCCUGGAUGGUUCAAUGAUCUUAAACAGUCAUAUAGCCUGAGGGUAGUCAAAGCUUGUGGGAGGGACCUACUGUAUGGAGUGGAUUUCCGGGGGAACAAUAUUGAGUAUCAGCCACUCAAAACUGAAAAUGCAAGUCGUUGCGGGCAGGAAUGCACCAAAAAAGACAACUGCCAGUUCUUCACAUUUGUUGGGGAAAAGGCAGACAUAAUAGACAACAGAAACAAGUGUUUCCUGAUGGCCUCAUCUGGUAAAAUUACAGUACAACCCCUCGAACAUGCAACCUCAGGCUACUCUCUGAGAAACUGCAGUGGAAAAGUCACAUACUCAACCAAAAAGUACAACCUUGUCCUUGAAAUGAAAAACUGGACUGAAUCACAAGUGUAUUGCAGACAGCACUACACAAACCUGUCCAUCAUACACACAGAACAGGAUUGGAAGGAAGUUCAAUCCACUCUGAGUCAUUUCAAUGGUGGUGUGUGGAUUGGGCUCCAUGGAGAUACACCUAAUCCAGAUGAAAAGUGGAGGUGGUCUGAUGGGGAGGACUUCAUGUUCUUUAACUGGAAAACGGGCUAUGGUGGCCAGAACAAUCAUGACUGCACCAUUUCUUAUUCAUCUCAAUGGAUGACAGUAGGGUGUACAGCUGCAUAUCAAUAUAUGUGUCAACGAGUUCAACCUGGUAAUGGAACAACAGAGAAGGAGUAUGAGCUGAUGCCUGGGCCAAAGACUCAGAAGGCUGCUGAGACAGACUGCAGGACAAUAAACGGCAGAGAACUGGCGAGCAUCUGUAACCAGAAAGAACAGGAAGCCUUUGAUGAGGUGACUACAGGGAACACCUGGAUUGGACUUGAGAACAACAACAAACUAUGGAAGUGGUCAAAUGGAGAACCAUUUCAUCAAUGGAAAAAUAACAUGGGAGAUGGAAACUGUGUACAGCUGGACUCAGACAGAAAAUGGACACCAAAAGAUUGCUCUCGUCAAAGUGCUUUCCUUUGCUAUGGAGAUGAACGUCCACUUAACACCACUGGGGAUUUGAUCAUUCCUGUUACCCCUGAAACCACCAGCCAUACUUCAACUGGACCUCCCUCUAUCAAGACAUCCACCACAACACCUCCCACUUUACUACCUACUACUACAAAUGGACAGUCCAUCACCUCAACACCCACCACUACUAUUGGACAGUCCACCACCUCACCACCUACCACUACUAUUGGACAGUCCAUCACCUCACCAACUACCACUACUACUGAACAGUCCACCACCUCACCAACAACCACCACUAUUGGACAGUCCACCACCUCACCAACUACCACUACUAAUGGACAGUCCACCACCUCACCAACAACCACCACUAUUGGACAGUCCACCACCUCACCAACCUCAACUUCCAGUGGACAACUGACCUCAUCGUGUCCCACCUCCCCAGACAGGAAUCCCACAUCCUCACCCAGUAGUACAACUUCUCCACUCCAUCCUGAUUACCUGCACUACUUCAACGAGUCCAGGAGCUGGAUCAAUGCUCUGGAGUUCUGUAAAAGUCAUGGCUCCAAGUCCAACCUGGUACACAUCACCAACCAGACCGUGCAGACUGACUUGAUCCAGCUCCUGGCCAAUGUGGAGCUGCCAUGUGGGGGAGUGUGGAUUGGUCUGGAGCGGUCCAUCUUUGAGUGGAGCGCCCCCUGGCUGUGGACCAGUGGGGAUGUUGGUAAGGUGGUGAAGUACAGAGAGUGGCACAGCUGCUUCCCUCUCAACCCUAUCAAUUACCACUGUGGUAAGAUGGUCCGGGUUGACAACGGAGAACUGAAGUGGCUGGAUGCUUCCUGUCAUCAGGAAUUACCCUUCAUCUGUCAAGAUCUCCACUAGAGGGCUCACCAUGGCAGCCUGGACAGUCUGCAGACAGACACUACGUAACACCAUAGCUGAUCUAAUCUACCAGAGAGACUACCACACUCAAGGUCUGGAAGGAACCUGCAUUUCAAUUCAUUAUAUUGUUACACUACUAUUACUAUUAUUAUUAUUAUUAUUACUGUUAUUAUUAUUUAUAUUAUUAUUAUUAUUAUUAUGAUUACAACUUUUUAUUACUUGUAUUUAUCAUUUUCACUAUUCGAUUGUAUUACUUAAUGAUACUGUAUGUUCACUCAUAACCAUUGCUAUUUGACUGUUAUUAACUGUACUAAUUUGAUUGUUUAAAUAGAGUAGAUAACUCGUGUGAUCACUAUAGCCUACUGUAGAAGAUGACUAGUUAGCAAGUGGUUAGAGCGGCAGGUAGCCUAGUGGUUAGAGCGUUGGACUAGUAACCGAAAGGUUGCAAAAUUGCAUCCCCGAGCUGACAAGGUAAAAAUAUGUCGUUCUGCCCCAGAACAAGGCAGU